CAUUCCACUUAUAUAAACAACUUAAGGAAACAAUAUUCUACUUAGAGAAAGGAUGGGAAAGUCUAAGAAUAUGGAGCAAUAAAUCUUACCCAGAAAUAUUAUUUUCCCUUGGAAGUUAAGAAAUAAGAUUGUCAUGUAGCAACUUCUUUUUUUGAGAUUCCUUUGCUGGAAGCUGAAAUUAAUUUAGUCUGUUGUUGGAUCAAUUAGUAUGCUAAUUACCUGUUUAUAUUUUGGCAAUACGCAAGAGAUUUGAUCAAUUUAAGGAUGAUAUUUUGGCUAUCACCUCUGUUGACUUAAAAAUCUUAUGGGCAUGCCAAAAUGAGGACAUUAAGACCAUGGUUUCUUUUUCCUUGUCUUAGUGGCUAGAGACGGUUUCACUUUUUUCUUUGAUUGCUUGGCUGCCAAUUUAGACUUAUUUAAUGUUAAUCCUCAUUCAAUAUUGCUUGUGGUGUUAUGUCUUGUCCACGAAAUUAACAUUGGCUGGCAUGAGCCCAGCCUAUUUAUAUGUGGCUGUCUUGCACAUGAUCUCGCUUUUCUUGUAAAAUUGACUGCUAAAAUUGGACAGUUUUCAUAUGAACAUUUAAUAAUGCAGACAUUAUUUUCUUCUGACAAAAACUCGACUUAAAAUUAAUGUAGGGACAAAAUGUGGAGAUGUGAAGCUGUUAUUUUUUAGAUGAGGCCAGAAUCUUGGAACAGAAUUCACAAAAACGUAAAGAAAAAAGAAAAGAGAACUAGUAAUUAGUGAUAUUUCAAUAAUGUGAUUCUGAGUGGUACCUUGCAUUUGCAAAAGAAGGGUCUUUCAUCUAAUUUUUCUUUUGCAAAAAGGGUCAAAUAGAUUUUGAUUGUGUGGUGUUGAAGCCUCCAAGCACAUCACGCUAGUUCAAGUUGCACGUGAUUUAUACUCUUCGGCUAGCCUCACGUUUUUUGACAUUUUUCUAAGGUGGCAAUGGACCACCUGUUUGGAUCCAAUUGAUGAUAAUUUUUUGGUAGGGUAGCUUUGCUUUGAGUCUUAUCAAUUGAGGAUGCAAAGACUCUCUCUUUCCCUCUCACCUAUGUUCACCAACUAAUUAAGUAUCUGGGAAGGUACUAAUUAAACUAUUUGUUUACCUCAUUGACUAUAUGAUCUCAAACACACAACCAUUAAUUAUCUACUUCAAUUAGUCAACCAACCAUCACCUCCAAAUAAACAAAGAGAAAAAACCAAGCAUUAGAUCAGAAGCCACAUCAAUUUCCCACCUCCUCUACUUUGCUUCUCUUUCCAUCCAAGCCCACCCUUCCAUCUCCCCAUAUUUUCUUUCCCACUUUCCCAUCUCUCUUUCUUUUCUUUUGAGGCAAAUUAUGAGCAAAUACCAAGCAAAGUAAAAAGUAAACAUAUUACCGAACACUGUUGGCAGAUCUAGGCUUUGAUCAUUUCAGAAUUUGAGGCAGACAUGGGCUCUGCAGGAAACUCAAAUCCAUGGGCACCCUAUGAAACUUAUAAGGACUGCUCUCAAGGAGUUUGCAGCAUUUACUGCCCCCAGUGGUGCUACAUCCUUGUCCCACCCCCUCCUCCUUUUGGUCUGGGCCAAGAUGAAGAUGACCAUGAUUCAGGCACCGACUUCUCUCCCCUCAUAAUAGCAGUCAUAGGCAUCUUGGCCAGCGCUUUCAUUUUGUUGACUUACUACACCAUCAUAUCCAAGUACUGCAGGAGAAGAAGCAAUGAUAGAAGAGGUAUUGAGAUGGAUGAAACUACCAACCAAAUGAAUGCUGAAUCAUGGGGAUCAUCAGCACCCCCUGCUUCUGGUGGAUUGGAUGAGUCCCUUAUCAAGUCCAUCAAAGUCUACAAGUACAAGAUUGGUGAUAAAUUUGUAGAAGGCACUGACUGCUCUGUUUGCCUGAGUGAGUUUGAAGAGAAUGAGAGCCUGAGGCUUCUACCUAAAUGCAACCACGCUUUCCAUGUUCCUUGCAUUGAUGCCUGGCUCAAAUCUAAUUCAAGUUGUCCACUAUGCAGAUCCAAUAUUGUCAACACUGCUCAAGUUCAGGCUGGUUCAGGCCCGGAAUCCCAGCAGCAGCAAGACUUGAAUACAUCUGCAAUGGAAUACCAACACAGAAGCAAUGAGACUGUUUUGGUUGUUGUCCAAGAUUUGGAAAUGGGUUCUGAAGAAGAGGUCAUUAGCUUUCCAGGUGAGGUUCCAAAGACCCCAACUGAAAGGAGAUAUUUGGAAGGGAAUUUGCGGCCAUUGAGGAGGUCCUUUUCAUUGAAUUCUUCUUUCUGUCAAGGACCUGUUUCUGUUGCUGAUAUACUGCAUGCUAGUGAAGAGGAUGAAGAUUUGCUAAUUCAGAUGGAAAAUCUGCAAUCCUCUAUGGGAAUUGGGUGUUCAAAAGGAGGAGUUGAUCAAGAACAGCAUUGUAAAUCCCAUGAUAGAAAUGGGGUUCCCAACAACUUGGUAAUUAGGAGUCCUCUUGAAAUGAAGAGAUCCAUUUCCACUGGGAGAUUUGUGUUCACGAGGUAUGGAAAGGGAAAGAAUUCUGUUCUUCCCAAUUGAAAAUCAAACUCUUCUUUUUUUCUUUUUUUCCUUUUUUUUUAAUCCAAAUGUAUAAAAAAGAAAAUUACACCUUCUUAUAACAUAUUGAUCAGCCAUACCAAGAGAGAUUAUCCUCCAUAGAGAUUUAAGACUAAUUUAGUCUGUAUUCCUUAAUAGUUUAAUUGAACAUCUUAGAAAAGGUCUUUGAGAAUUGUUGCUCAGUUAGUCUCUGAGUUCCAACUUAUGAUUUGUGUUUUGCAAAAUUGCUUAGCCGACAAUAAUUGCAGUAAUGAAUGGGCAACUUUCUGCCAUGAUUGUCCCAGUGCAUUAAUAAAAUGAUGCUGUCCAUUUAUGCUCGCUUA